AUGCCAGGCGGCGCCGAUGACUUAGCCGCAGAUCCUACAUUCAAUCCUUUUGCCGACGAUCUCGACGAGGAACCGCAGGGGCAUCCAUCUCCGCUGCACUAUGCGUCCCUUCUCGACAACGAUGACAGUUGUAGUUCUGGAACAGAGGGGAACGAGCCCGCUCAGCAUAGACGAGCAGCGACGGACGUCCCUGCUCUCACUACGAGCUCCAGUCAUCCUCUUCAUACGGCCGACCUUUCGAACGAGAACAUCACUCGACCGACGCUCGGCAAGGCAUUGAGUGACCUGGAGCCUGAUGUUGGAUUGGGCACCACUCUACGAGAGGAAAUUGAGGUAGAUGCGAACGAGAAGCUAGUCCUGGUGCAUGAGGUGCAGCCGAAGGACUCCCUCGCAUCAGUAUCCAUAAAGUACGGAAUCGCUAUGAACGACCUUCGACGCGCCAACUCGAUGUGGGCGAACGAUUCGAUCCAUCUGCGAAAAGUGCUGUACAUUCCCAUCGACAAGGCGUCCCGCCUACCGAAGUCAUGCGACAUACCGUCAGACGAUAAUCCAUCGCGCUCCAAUCCCGAGCUCUCCAUCACGCCAGCGGAUGGACCUAUCCCAGAUAUCCCAGGGCACGCCACCCUCAGACGAAUACCAACAUCCCGCCUUUCCUACUUCCCUCCCCAGUCGCCAUCAUCACUUUCCCCUCGUACAUCUUUGGACUCGUCCUUUCCGCAACCCUUGCAGCGGCACGCCCGCUCUUCGACAACCCCUGCAUCUACCUCUUCAUCGCCGCCUACUAUGGCGUCCCUCCUCAACGCCUUCCCCAUCCGCCUGUCCUUCGAAAGCACGACCAGCACGUCCACGACUGAUAGCGAAGAGCACGUCGAGCUCACCGAUGUCAAGCGGUCACAUCGAAAGAAGUCAUCUGCGACCCUGCGCUACAACGCUCGCGCCGGUCUUAGCGAUGCGCCCCAACUCAGCAACGGUCAUGCGCUUCCACAGGCUGGCCUCCCUGUACCUGCACCAGCACCUACACCUGCUUCCCUCGUCGGCUCCCCGGGCCGAAGGGUCCGCACCUCGCAGAUGGAACCAGAGCCAGGAAUGAUGGUGCCACCGCCAGCGUCCCGACGCCGAGGAAGUGUGAAGGAUGCUGCGGCGGGCAAGAGAGCCACGAACACCAUCUCUGACGGUCCUUCUUCGAAAAAGAACCGGGCGUCGCUUUGGGAUGUCUUUGGCAUGGACGAUUCGGACGCUACACUGAACCAGCAAGAAGGAGAGAUGGAUUUGGAGGAUGUGCUUUGA